UUUUCUUUUAGAGUUACAUAUAUGAACUCUAUUUCAUUCUACGUUGCCACUAGUAGGGAAAUGAAGCAUUUUACUUUGUUGUUCGGUUAUCGAAAACACUGGUAGUUUGUUUGUAGAAAACUUUGGUAGUUUGUUUGAUGUUGGGUUUUGUUUUCUAAAAUUAGAAAACAUUCCCUGAAUUGAAAUUUUGUUGACGGCAGAUAUUUAGCGAAUGAAGUUUAAAAACACACACUUAUUUCCGACAUUGAUUUGUGAAAAAAAUUUUAAAAUAAACUUUCGAAUUAUAACUUUAAAAACAAAAUCUGAGAGUAAAAUGGUUAUCACAGUAAACAGUUUGCGGGGCCAACUAAUGUCGUUGGUGAAUUUUUCUGGAACCCACAAAGAACAAGCUGAUAGAUAUAGGCAACUUUUGGAGGUUGUGUUGACAAAUUCAGGUGGCGAACUCGUGGACACGUUAAAGCUAUUUGUGGAGGCGAUAGUCAAUGAACAUGUCAGCCUAGUGAUAUCUCGCCAAAUAUUAAAUGAUGUGGGUAUACAAUUAGCUAGGCUGCCGGAUGAAGUAUCUAAGCAAGUAUCACAUUUUACACUGGAAAAGGUUCAGCCACGUGUUAUAUCAUUUGAAGAGCAAGUAGCAGGCAUACGCCAACAUUUAGCAGAGAUUUACGAACGAAAUCAACAAUGGCGAGAAGCAGCAAGUGUGUUAGUGGGCAUACCCUUGGAGACAGGUCAAAAGCAAUAUACCGUAUCAUACAAAUUGGAGACUUAUUUGAAAAUUGCUCGCCUUUAUCUAGAAGAUAAUGAUCCCGUGCAAGCGGAAUUUUUUAUAAAUCGAGCUUCUUUGUUACAAGCUGAAACCAAUAGUGAAGAGCUGCAGAUUUUGUAUAAAGUAUGCUAUGCGCGUGUUUUGGACUAUAGACGUAAAUUUAUAGAGGCCGCUCAACGUUAUAAUGAAUUAUCGUACCGUUCAAUAGUGGAUGAAGGUGAACGCAUGACUGCUUUGAAAAAAGCAUUAAUUUGCACUGUUCUGGCUUCAGCGGGACAACAACGAUCACGAAUGUUAGCUACUCUGUUCAAAGAUGAACGUUGCCAGCAGUUACCGGCUUAUUCAAUACUUGAAAAAAUGUACCUUGACCGUAUUAUACGACGUUCGGAACUGCAAGAAUUCGAAGCUUUACUGCAACCUCACCAAAAAGCGACAACUGUGGAUGGCUCUACUAUAUUGGAUCGCGCUGUGUUUGAACAUAACUUACUGUCAGCCAGUAAAUUAUAUAAUAAUAUAGCCUUUGAGGAGCUGGGUGCUCUUUUGGAAAUUCCAGCGGCAAAAGCAGAAAACAUUGCUUCGCAAAUGAUAACUGAAGGCCGAAUGAAUGGGCAUAUUCACCAGAUAAGUGGUAUUGUUCACUUUGAAAGUCGUGAGGUUUUGCCGUUGUGGGAUCGUCAAAUACAAUCGUUAUGUUAUCAAGUUAACUCAAUAAUUGAGAAGAUAGCUGCUGCUGAACCAGAAUGGAUGGCCAAAACUCUGGAAGAAUUGAACUAAUUAUCCAGCCUUAUCUUAUAUUUCGAAGUUUUCAAACAUUGAUUGACAUAAAACAAAAAAGGCAAACUAAUUACAGUUAGUCCUUCAAUAU